GAAGAUGAGAAGGGGACUGAUGAGGCGAAGGUCAAGCCGAGUAAGAAGGCCAAAACGGCAAAGCCGAAGCCCAGCUCCGCCAAGAAGGACAAGAAGGAGGACAAAAAGGAGGGCAAGAAGGAGGACGCCGAUAAGAACCAAGGCAAAGGGACAUUUGCCGGAAGGAACUGGCCGAACUCGGCCCCUGCGAGCUUUCGCUUCAGUGGGGCUCACGAGGCUUGGAUGGAGCAUUUGGACCAGAAGUACCCUCGGCACAAGCAAAGAACCUUUUUGGCUUUCCUUAUGGAGCACGGCCUGGCCGAUCUUUGCGAGGAAGGGGAGAUAUACCAACGGUGCCACGAGAUGGCAGUUCUCUACGACAUGCAGGAGAACGCUUGA